AUGCCGUUUGCAUAUCAGUUGCCGUCGGACGUGUCGCCGGCAACGGUGGCAAACACGUCGUCUCUACUGCGUAUUAUAGCUCUGGCACUAAUCUCGGGUGCUGCUAUUGCUUCGCGACUGUUUGCUGUCAUAAACUUUGAGAGUAUCAUUCAUGAGUUCGACCCAUGGUUCAACUAUCGAGCUACGAAGGUCAUAGCAGAAAAGGGAUUCUAUGAAUUCUGGAACUGGUUUGAUCCUACAGCAUGGUACCCCCUUGGACGAGUCGUCGGAGGUACCAUCUACCCAGGUCUCAUGGCCACGAGCGGUGUCAUCUACAGUUUGCUUCAUGCCAUAAAUCUUCCUGUCGACAUUCGUAAUAUCUGUGUUCUGCUCGCACCUGGGUUUAGUGCACUCACGGCUUGGUCAACAUAUAUGUUCACUAAGGAACUGAAGGACGAGAGCGCCGGACUUCUGGCUGCCGUAUUUAUCGGCAUUGUGCCGGGCUACAUCUCCCGUUCCGUUGCUGGCUCGUAUGACAACGAAGCGAUUGCCAUUUUCCUGCUGAUGUUCACAUUCUUCUGCUGGAUCAAAGCGCUGAAGAUCGGCAGCGCCUUCUAUGGCUCUCUUGCUGCGCUUUUUUACUUCUACAUGGUUGCCGCAUGGGGUGGCUACGCGUUCAUCACAAACAUGAUUCCACUGCAUGCAUUCGCCUUGAUCCUCAUGGGGCGCUUCAGCAGCCGCCUGUACGUUGCGUAUUCAUCCUGGUACGCAAUUGGUACCCUUUCGAGUAUGCAAGUCCCAUUCGUCGGGUUCCAGCCUGUGCGAACUAGCGAGCAUAUGGCGGCGCUUGGUGUCUUCGGGCUCUUGCAGAUUAUCGCGUUUGCUGAGCUAGUGCGCACACAUGUCUCGUCGAAGCAGUUCCAGAGUCUCCUCUACGCCUCUGUUGUAGGAAUGGGCAUUACUGGUGCUCUGGCGAUCAUCGGCCUCACGUACAAAGGCUGGAUCGCGCCCUGGACCGGACGCUUCUAUUCUCUUUGGGACACGGGUUACGCGAAAAAGUACAUCCCGAUCAUCGCUUCCGUGUCUGAACACCAGCCGACAGCAUGGCCCUCAUUCUUUAUGGAUCUGCAACUGCUCAUAUUCCUCUUCCCUGCCGGCGUGAUUAUGUGCUUCCGUCAGCUGCGGGACGAACAUGUCUUUGUAAUCAUUUACGCCGUCGUAGCCAGCUACUUCGCAGGCGUUAUGGUUCGUCUCAUGCUGACGCUCACUCCCGUCGUCUGUGUCACUGCUGCAGUGGCUUUCUCGUCGCUCUUAGACACAUACAUUGAUCCAGCAGAACCCGAUGUCCUCGAAGAUGAUUCCAACACCGGUCAGGAUGCCCCAACGAGCGGUACUUCCACUGCGGUAUCUACGUCGAGCCCUGCGCCCUCGUUGAAGAAGGCAAAGAAGGCGGCCGCUGCGGCUCCCCCGGCUGGACCUCUCGACGGCCUAGUAUCAACCGUGACUGCUGCAGUCUCAUCAUCCAAGAAGGCGGGGAAGCCUCGCGGUGUCUUCGGCCUUGAUACUCGCAUUGCAGUCCUCAUCAAUGCUCUCGGCAUGCUUUUCUUCUUCGUCAUGCACUGCACUUACGUUACCUCGACUGCGUACUCGUCGCCGUCAGUAGUGCUUGCAUCGACUAAUCCGGACGGCAGCCAACAUAUUAUCGACGAUUUCCGCGAGGCUUACUACUGGUUGAGGCAGAACACGCCGGAAACCGCUGUCGUCAUGAGCUGGUGGGACUAUGGUUAUCAGAUUGCAGGCAUGGCCGACCGUCCAACCCUUGUCGACAACAACACGUGGAACAAUACACAUAUCGCCACCGUGGGCAAGGCGAUGUCAAGCAGCGAGGAGGUAGCCUAUCCCAUCCUGAGGAAGCAUGAUGUCGACUAUGUGCUCAUCAUAUUCGGCGGACUUCUGGGAUAUUCUGGUGAUGAUAUCAACAAAUUCUUGUGGAUGGUCCGCAUUGCACAAGGCGUAUGGCCGGACGAGAUCCAGGAGCCGAACUAUUUUACUCCUAAGGGAGAGUACAGGGUGGAUGAGGCUGCGUCAUCGACAAUGAAGAACAGCCUCAUGUACAAAAUGUCGUACUACCGCUUUGCGGAACUAUUCGGUGGCAAUCAAGCGGUUGACCGUGUCCGCGGUCAGCAGAUGCCAAAGGUGGGACCAACAUUAGACUACCUUGAUGAGGCAUUCACCUCAGAGAACUGGAUUGUUCGGAUUUACCAAGUCAAAAAGGAUGAUCCUUUGGGACGUGACCUCAAAACUGCUAACGCGUUCGCUCAAGGGAAAAAGAGGAAGAGAUCGAAGCCACAGGUCCGGCGGAAAGCUGUGUCGUGA